CUGAAUUAUUUGGAGAUCUGAGGGUGAGGCUGUGUAGGGUAAGGGUGGGUGUGGGUGAGUGGGGGUAAUGGUGAGAGUGAGCACUUGGUGCUGAACGGUCGUUAUUACUCAAAUGUCGGUCGCUCAAGUGUCGGGGUCGCUCAACUGUCGGUCGCUCAAGUGUCGGUCGCUCAAAUGUCGGUCGCUCAGAUAUCAGUCGCUCAAAUGUCGGGGCGCUCAAGUGUCGGCGCUCAAAUGUCGGCGCUCAAAUGUCGGGCGCUCAAACGUCGUCCUGUUACUGCUCUAAGUCACUGAAAUCGAAAUCUAAAGUCUGUUCUCUUUCAAAAGUAUACGAAGUACAAUUUAAAAUACAUUCUAAACUUUGAAAUAGAUUAUUGGCUACAUCUUCGUCUCGAUGUGAGUAAGAACAAGUUAGCUUCUCUUUUGGAAUAAACUUUAUAAUCAAGUUCGAUAAUAUUCGAAUAACGUUGUGCGAAUUAAUCAUUCAACUAGGUGUAUCAUGAAGUAAAAGUUGGACUUAAACGAGAAAAAAGCAUAAGACACAUGAACAGUCCUUUUUUGUUUUUUGCGUUCUUUAUCAAUUACUUCAUGUUUUGCUUUUCCUUACAAGGCAUAAAACUAUAGUGUGUCACAUAACUUCCUGUCAAAAUCAGCUGAUAAACGGCUGAUAUGAAAGUAUAUAUGAGCAGAGAAAGAGAAGAAACGAUAUACUUAUUCGCAGCAAAAAACUAAAACUUUAUCCAAGGAAACAAAAACUUUUUUUCAGCUCCGACAGUAGAUGGCGAAGCCGUCUAUAAAUUUCAGGGUGUAGAGCUGAUCCAUACACAGUUUCAUUCGAAUUUGACGUGUUUUGAAAAACUUGUGAAUUUUUCAAAUUUCGCUUUUUCAGCUGAAAAACUGCUCUAAGUUUUGAAGGAUGCACCAUGGGCCGAUAUCCUCCUAGGCUUUUUACUACCUAGUUGAGGGUAAUACGCUAUUGAGCGGCAUAUGAACGGAAAAAAUCGGAGCGCGGCACUUCGAACGGUUCCCUCGUAAGUCAAUUUUUCACGUAGAGCUACACGUAGAAGGAAAAAUGUUGAACGGAAAUGUGAGAAAAUAACUGCAAGGUACAGAAGAGCCAGUUCCUUUCUGGUGAUUCUACGCUUUAUGAUCGAUCCAAGGAUUAAUUUCUCAUUUAUUAUUCUCUAUGCUAUACAUGAAAUACGUAUUUUUGUUUCGAUAGAAGGCAUUUCAUUAAAUGGAUGCGUCUAAAAAUUUUGGUUAGAAACAAUUUUUUCUUGGCCCAAUCAUAAGCAAGCUAAAAAAUUUUAUAGAAUAGCUGAGCAAGAAAUGUUUGCACGAAUAUUUCUUAUUUCCGUUCCACAACAUCCAAAGGAAACUAAAGUGAGAGACAAAAGCUUCGUUAUGGAAUUACAAUAAGUAUACUGAACUUACGAGUAAGUAUUCUAAUAUAACUGAUGUAUGUACGGAACAUGAAACACUGAAAAAUUGCAUUGAACGUGAAUUACCAUCAUUAAAAUUUAAUUUAUUUACUAAUCAAACACUAAAAUCUAUCAGAUCGUUACCAUCGUCAAUACAAGAUGAAGGAAAUAGAAGUGCUUAUUUCUCGUACAUUUUAUUCGUUGAUUUGUUAAAACAAAUGCCACAAAUAAAACAAGCAAAAGAAAUCAUGCUUAAUAAAUGUAAAGAUUAUUAUCGUCGAGAUAAAAGUGAACUUGAGAAAAUUGAAUUAUUUCGUAAUACGUAUACUUCAGUAACGGCUGUCAGUUGGUAUACUCGCGAUAGUUUCGUAUAUAGACUGGUUAAUCAGGCUUUUCGUACUGAAGACGUAGCACUUUGGUAUUUAUUUCGAUUCUUUAUUAUCGAUCUUUGUACACAAUUAGAAAAUAUAUAUAAAGAACAAAUAUUUGAAUCUCAUUUAACACUUUAUUGUGGUCAAGCACAUAUGCCAAUAAAAGAAUUUGAUAAUACCAAAGCAAAUAUCGAUGGUUUAAUUUCGACAAAUGGAUUUUUAUCAACGUCUAAAGAUCGUGAAAAUGCAUUACAAUUUGUUCUUGGUGCGUCAGAUACCGAAAAUUUUAAAGUUGUUCUAUACAGAGCACUCUCGAAAGCACAACCACUUCAAAGUCACUAUGAAACAUAA